CAGAGAUAGACACAGGCGGUUAAAUAGUAGUAGUUUUCUCUUUUUUGGUUGGAACAUUGAAGGCGGGCAGGCGUACCAAGCAACUUGAUUAGGGGUUUAUGAAUUGCGGUUUUGGUUCUGGGCGAAACGUCCUUGAGUCAAUUGGAGUUGGUUCCUGAGGAGACUGGCACUUGGGGACUGUUGCAGUUGCAGGGAUGCCUGUAAAGAGGGAACCCUGCAAAUACUUUCAGCGUGGCAGCUGUCAGUUCGGAGAUAGGUGUAAAUUUCUCCAUGUGAUUCAGCAACAGCAAAAGUCCAAUAUCUUUGGAUUUGGGCCACAAUCUGGCUCAAACCAACAGAGAAAGUCCAAUCCUUAUGGUUUUGGGGUUCAAAACAACUCUCAGUCAAAAGGGCCAGCUGAUUUUGGUUCCAAACAGAGCCAGUUUAAGCCUUUUGAAAACAAAUGGUCCCGUUUCUCCUCCCAAACUGCUAGUGCUGCCCCUUCAUCACAGAAAUCUGAUAAGCAGCCUCAGGCAACAAAUCAUAGGUGCACAGAUCCCGAUUCUUGCAGAAGUAUAAUUAUUGAAGAUAAUGAGCAUGAGAGUCCACUUUGGAAGCUUACGUGCUAUGGUCACUGGAAAAAUUUCCCUUGUGACAUCGUUGGUGAUAUUAGUUACGAAGAGCUGAGGGCAGCAGCAUAUGAUGAUGCCAAGCAUGGGUUGAACAUGCAGUCGAUAAUUGAAAGAGAGAGAAAUUUACUCAAUACCAAGUUGAUUGAGUUUGACAAACUUGGCAAGCCCCAGGGAGCUCUACUGAAACCUAAUCAUUCCGGCCAAAAUCCUUUACCUUCAGCUAGUCAAAAUGCAUUCUUGCAGGCUGCUAACAAUAGUGCUGCUCCGUCACUCUCAAGUUUUACCCAAUUGGGCACAUCCCUCAACACGGGGUUUGGACCAAGGCCGUCUGCACCAUCAAAUAAUGGUUUUGCACAGCUGAAUCCUUUUGCUAAUUCCACCCAGACUUCGAGUGGAUUUGGGACGAACAAUUUUCUUUCUGGAAGUGCUGGUUCACAUGGCAGCCAAUUUCCUGCCACUGCACAUGUAAAUGUUUUUCCCUCGAGUACAGGAUUUGGCAAUACUGGUGUCAUGAGACAUGAAACCAACCCAUUUUCUACUUUAGCAGUGUCAUCACAAAUUCCUAGUGCAACAACUGGUCUGCCACCCAUUCUUUCAGAUGGGCCUACCUCUGCUUCCAAUGCAGUUAGACAAUCAACUACAGAAGUUCAGUUCCUAACUAACAUGCAAAGGGAGAAGAUUUCUGGGGAGACGAGUAUUUGGUUGAAAAAGACAUGGAGUCCUGGAGAGAUUCCCGAAGAUGAACCGCCAGAUGCACUGGUUGAGUUGUAAGUUGUGGUAAUGAGCAGUACAAGCACAACGCUUACUCAUGCAAUUUGCUAGGUGGCCCAAGCACUAUAUGCUUGCGAAACGCAAAAUGGUGACUCAAAUCUCGAGUUGGAACCCAGCCAGAGUUUGGAGACGUUAAGGAAAGAGGGGCUACCUCCAAUUGUGCGGCCGAACAUUCCAAUCAUAUUUUGCAAUAUUUGUAAAGACUUCUGCAUCUACCUUAUGCUCUACACUGUUCCUGUUAAAUGUUCUUGACAAGCUUCUUAUAAAGCGUUUUAUGCCUCAUAUCUCUAUAACUAGCAAAGAUUGUAAUACUCGUGUAAUGGUGUGUAAAUUUUGGAUUUAUUAGUGUACAACAUGAUUUUGUAAGUCUUUGGAUUUAGUUCACAACAUAAUUGCCAUAAAUGUUCUUCAAAUGGCCAGCUCUCUGAAUGAGUUGUUUUGUUCUU